CGACAAAUGAGUUUAUUAUCACCUGAUCCAUCGAAACCAUCAUUAAGUAAUAGACGAAGAGACUAAAAUUACAAAAAUAGAUAUUUAAUACAUAAGUAAUGAGAAACAUUAACAUUCCAUGUUGUUUACUGCAUGCUAAUACACCUUAAAGAUCUUGAAGUUUACAAACAACAAUGGGCUGCUUCGAUGGCGGUAAUUGAUAUUCCAGCAGUGAGUUGGGCGAUGGAAUUAAAUUUCCGGGCUGGACCAAUCCUAAGCUUAACAAGCCCUGGAUUCCAAAGAGCUAUUUCUGACCAACCUACCUGCUCACUGACUCGUCAGCGAAUGAUAGCAUCCAUUCUAUAAUUAUAUACGAAGCAAAUACGAAAAGUUUAUAUGAUAAUUAAUAUUUUAUAAAUUUAUAAUUUUUAACUUUUAUCUACUGUAUAUCUUACGUCUGUGUAUAAACCACAUUUGUUAAUAUUUAGAAAAUAAGCAAUUAAUAUACAAG